CUCGGUCUGAGGAGCAACGUAAGCUCUGCAACAUGAUUUGUUUUCUAUCAGAGGCGCUCGAGCAGAGCAGAACAGGUGUCUGUGGGCGACAGGAGCAGCUCUGUCAGCGGGACACGGGUCUGUACCUGCUAACAAACAGACGGUUUACUCGCAUUCAGUAACUGAAGUUAUGGGGACAAGGAAAGUUCUGGUGACAGGUUGCUCCUCUGGAAUUGGGUUGGCGGUGGCUGUCCGUCUGGCCAAAGAUGAAUUAAGGCGCUUCAAGGUUGUGGCCACCAUGAGGGAUCUGGACAGGAGAGAAGCCCUGGAGAGAGCAGCUGGAGAAACGCUUAACAGAUCUCUGGAGAUCCGGCAGCUCGACGCCACCUGUGAGGACUCCAUCAGAGACUGUGUGAACAGCCUGCCAGAUCGACAGGUGGAUGUGUUAGUGAAUAAUGCCGGCGUGGGUAUGAUUGGUCCUUUGGAGUGCCAGAGUAUGAGCUCAAUGCAGGAUCUCUUCAAUACGAAUUUCUUUGGUCUGGUGAGACUGGUCAAAGAGCUGCUGCCCCAAAUGAAGAAGCGUCAGAGUGGACACAUCAUAGUGAUGAGCAGCGUUCUGGGCAUACAGGGGCUACUCUUCAAUGAUUUGUAUGCUGCUUCCAAAUUUGCUGUAGAAGGAUUUUGUGAGAGUCUUGCUGUACAAGCUAUGAAGUUCAAUGUCAAGAUGACUUUAGUGGAGCCUGGCCCAGUUGUAACUGAGUUUGAGAGGAAAGUAUAUGAAGAGGCAGAGACGAUGGAUCUGUCUGAGACCGAUGAGGAGACAGCUCAAAUCUUCCGACAGAUCUACCUGCCAUAUUCACGCAGAGUUUUUCAUUCAAUCGGACAGACGCCUGAGGAGGUUGCAGAGCAAACUACCCGGCUGAUUUUGUCUAAGAAUCCUCCAUUUCGUCAUCAGACCAAUCGUUUGUACAUGCCAUUGACUGCCAUGAAACAUGCUGAUCCAACCGGACGACUACCCAUAGAUGCGUUUUAUAAAAUGAUCUUCCAGCAUGACCGCAUCUUCAGUGCUAGUCUAAAUAUUAUGCGCAUACUUAACAGAAAAAUAGGUAAAAGUGCUGCCUAAAACACACUUUGGGCCCUAUCAUACACCUGGCGCAAUUUGGCGCAAGGUGCGACGCAAUUGUUGUUUGCUAGUUUCAGCUUGGCGCAAUAGUCGUUUUGAUGUUUUGCGCCAAGCUGUUCGAAUAGCAAAUGGAUUUGCGCUCAUAUGUGCACCCAUAGGCGUUCUUGGCAGGGUUCUGCCACUCUGGUCUUGUAAAUUCUUGUUUU